GAGCGACCCGUACGUCAGGCGGCGCUCCGACCUUGCGGGUUUGUCUGGUCGCGUCUCCGCUGCUCCCGGUCCGCCUGCCCCUCACUCGCCGGGAAGAUGGCUGCCGUACGCAGGGCCCGCAGUUACUCCCGCUGCGUGGUGCGCUUCUCCGACCGAGAACUCUGCUAAUUUCCCCCCGCGGGGAGGACGCAAGGACCGAGCAGGGGGGGCAGAGACCCCCGGGACGGGACAGCGCCGCCCGAGCGUUGGCAGUAUGGCAGAAGCUGAAGAAGAUUGUCACUCUGAUUUGGUGAGAACAGAUGACAGUGAAACAUCUGGCGAAGCGAAUCUUCAGGCAGAGCUCCAGAUGUUCAGAGCUCAGUGGAUGUUUGAGCUUGCCCCGGGUGUGAGUUCUAGUGGGUCGGAACCUCUGCCAUUCAGAGCAUCUUCAAGAGGAGCUGGAGUAAAGUCUGCAGAUUCCAGGGCAAAGCAGGAGAUAGCAACAGAGGAAAAGGCAAAAGAACUUUUCUUGAAGGCAGUGGAAGAAGAACAAAAUGGGGCCCUUUAUGAAGCCAUCAAGUUUUAUCGUCUAGCCAUGCAGCUUGUACCUGACAUAGAGUUUAAGAUCACCUAUACACGGUCCCCAGAUGGUGAUGGAGUUGGAAAGAGGUGUGUUGAGGAUAACAAAGAGGAUGACAAAAUGGCUGAUCUCCUGUCAGAUUUCCAGCAGCAGUUAACUCUUCAGGAAUGUUCAGUGAAACUUUGUCAACCUGAGGUUGAUGUCAGCCAGACCCAUAUCUCAGCGUUGCCUAUGGAAGUGCUAAUGUACAUUUUCCGAUGGGUGGUUUCAAGUGACCUGGACCUGAGAUCAUUGGAGCAAUUAUCUCUUGUCUGUCGAGGAUUUUACAUUUGUGCUAGAGAUCCUGAAAUUUGGCAUCAAGUUUGUUUGAAAAUAUGGGGCAGGAGCUGCAAUAAACUUGUUCCCUAUGCCUCUUGGAGAGAAAUGUUUUUGGAAAGGCCCCGUGUUCGAUUUGAUGGUGUAUAUAUCAGCAAGACAAAAUAUAUACGCCAAGGAGAACAAUCUCUUGAUGGUUUCUAUAGAGCGUGGCACCAAGUGGAAUAUUACAGGUAUUUGAGGUUCUUUCCAGAUGGUCAAGUUAUGAUGCUAACAACCCCUGAAGACCCUCAGUCUAUAGUUCCUCGCUUACGGACUAAAAAUGCAAGAACGGAUGCCAUCUUGCUUGGUCAUUAUCGCCUUUCCCAAGAAACAGACAAUCAAACCAAAGUAUUUGCUGUAAUAAUGAAGAAAAAGGAUGAGAAACCAAUUGACUACCACAAGUACAGGUAUUUCCGGCGUGUUCCUGUACAAGAAACAGAUCACAGCUUUCAUGUAGGACUGCAGCUGUGCUCGAGUGGGCGCCAGAGGUUCAACAAGCUUGUCUGGAUGCAUCAUUCUUGUCAUGUAACUUACAGGUCAACUGGUGAGACAGCUGUUACUUCUUUUGACAUUGACAAGAUGUACACCCCUCUGUUUUUUGCACGCGUGAAGAGUUUCACUGCAUUUUCAGAGAAGCCGCUCUAAGAAACGCCUCUUCCUCUCACAAGUCUUGCAUGAAUGAAAGGUUGUAGUUAAUGAGCACUUAAGUUAUAAAUGUGUAUAUAUAUCCUUGGAACAUUUUAAAGUUCUGGAGAAUUUUUUCUUUGAAGGUAGUGUGUUUUACUUGAUUAUGAAUGGCUGGGGUUUUGUUUUGAGAUCGAGCUUAUGAAUACUGAACACUUUUACUUUGUGACAAGAACUUGGUAACGAAUUUUUGUUGUUUGAUUUGGUUUGUUUUUUUUUUAAACAGAUUUUAUAAAUUAAUCUGCUUAAAAUGCAAGCCUUCAUCUGCCAGGACAGUAAUAUGUCCAAAAGCAAUUGUUAUAGGAAAAUCUCACUGUUCAUGGAAACAGUGUGUGGUCUCUGGUGAAGGCUUGAAGUGGGAAGGGAAGAAAUUUGUCAUUUAGCUGUUAAAAUGUGUGACUUAAAAGAACUUCAAAUAAAUGUUUUCUUUAAAUUAAA